AUGGCAAAUCCGAAGCCACAAAUCAAGUACACCAAGUUAUUCAUCAAUAAUGAAUUUGUCGAUGCAGUAAGUGGAAAAAAAUUCCACACUAUAAAUCCAGCGAAUGAAGCAGUCAUAGCUGAAGUUUCAGAAGGAGAUAAAGCUGAUGUCGAUCUGGCUGUGGCCGCUGCAAAAAAAGCAUUUUCAAGGAAUUCAGAAUGGCGAAAAAUGGAUCCAUCUGUUCGAGGGAAACUCAUGAACAAGCUGGCAGAUUUGAUAGAGCGGGAUGCAACAUAUUUAGGCAAUAUUGAAACUCUUGAUUGUGGAAAAACAUUCACGAGUUCAUUAGGUGAUAUAGCUGGAAGUGUCAGUACGAUCCGUUAUUACGCUGGAUGGUGCGACAAGAUACAUGGAAGCACUAUCCCUGUUGAUGGUAACAACUUCGCAAUGACCAAAAAAGAACCAGUCGGAGUUGUGGGUCAAAUAAUUCCAUGGAAUUACCCACUUGCAAUGGCUGCAUGGAAGUUGGGUCCUGCUUUGGCCACUGGAUGCACUAUAAUUUUGAAACCAGCAGAGCAAACUCCACUCAGUGCUCUUUAUUUGGCAUCUCUUGUAAAAGAAGCUGGAUUUCCACCAGGUGUUUUAAACGUUAUUACGGGAUACGGUCCAACGGCUGGUGCAGCUAUUGCAGAACAUCCUGAUGUGAAUAAAGUUGCUUUUACUGGAUCCACUGUUGUGGGACAUAUAAUUAUGGCCGCUUCAGCGAAUAGUAAUCUGAAACGAGUAAGCCUUGAACUUGGAGGAAAAAGUCCUCUUGUGAUUCUGGAUGAUGCCGAUGUUGACGAGGCAGCAAGAAUUGCGUACAAUGCAAUUUUCGACAAUCACGGACAAAGUUGCUGCGCCGGAUCUCGUACUUUUGUACAAUCCAAAAUUUACGACAGAUUCGUAGAUCGAGCCAAGCAGCUCGCAGAGCAGAGGAAAGUUGGUGAUCCUUUUGAAAACGGUGUUGACCAAGGACCUCAGAUCGACCAAGAUAUGUUUGAAAAAGUCAUGGAAAUGAUCAAAUCUGGAAAAGAAGCCAAAGCAACAGUCGAGACUGGUGGAAAUCGUCUCGGCAAUAUGGGAUUCUUUAUAGAGCCCACCGUCUUUUCAAAUGUAACUGACGACAUGAGAAUUGCCAAAGAAGAAAUUUUUGGCCCAGUGCAAAGUAUUUUGAAGUUCGACACACUUGAGGAAGUAAUUGAGCGCGCAAAUAACACAAAAUAUGGUCUUGCAGCAGGCAUAAUCACGAAGAAUAUUGAUAAAGCUUUGUUGUUCGCACAAGCUGUUGAGGCUGGAAGCGUUUGGGUCAAUUCCUAUGAUCUUAUAACGGCUCAGACACCUUUCGGAGGGUAUAAAUUAUCCGGAAUCGGUCGAGAACUUGGAGAGGAAGGCUUGCACGAAUAUCUUGAGAUCAAGACAAUCAACAUCAAGCUUCCUUAACUUUUUUAAUAACCAGAAUAUAUGUGUGGUUUUUUUAACCAUUUAUAUUAUAUUUUUAACACUUUUCGAUAAUAAAGGUUGAUUCGG